AUGGGCGUCGUUAAGACCGCUUCUGAGAGCGUCCUCGAGGAAACUAUCGUUCCUAGCGAGGAAGCGAAUUAUUCCGUGCAAGGCCACGCCGAAGAAUGGACGGAAACGUUUCCGUAUCAGCUGCUGGUUGGAACGGGAGUAGCGUUGAUGGCUCUAUUACUGUUAGCCGCCGUGAGCUUCCAAUGUUCUUCUACCUGGCGAUGGUUAAUGAGGGUGAGACGGCACAUGAAGGAGCAAGACGCUGAGAGCGACCUAUCGCAACAAAACGCUAUACGUAUCAGUCAUUCUCUGCCGGAUCUCCAAUCAGAGCCAAUCACUCACGAGUACGUCCAAGAGCAAAAAGAUAGCAAAAAGGUAUUGCGCCAGACGACCCUACCCAUUGUACCGAUGAGACACCAGAGUUUUCAAAGACAACUCUCCCAUCGUCUCGAUCUACCGAUUAAGUUUAGCAUUUGCAGUCUGGAGAAUCGUAGCGAUUCCAGCCUUGGCUUAAUCAAGCCGGAACUUUACAAAAAGGAGCUGGGACAAGAGGACGCGGAUAGUUGCAGUACCACGGAGAUGGAAUACGCUGGCAAGCUACAUUUUGCUUUACGCUAUGACAAGGAGAUGGAGGGUCUUGUGGUCAAAAUUCUAGAAGCUCGAGAAUUACCAGUGAAGGAUGUGACAGGUAGCAGCGAUCCUUAUGUUAAAGUGUAUCUUUUACCAGACCGAAAGAAGAAGUAUCAGACGAAAGUGCAUCGAAAGAAUCUAAAUCCCGUAUUCAACGAAACGUUUAUAUUCAGUGUAUCGUAUGAAGAACUGAGGGAGCAGUAUCUUCAGUUUUCCGUUUACGACUUCGAUCGAUUUUCCCGGAACGAUUUAAUCGGGCAAGUGGUAUGGAAGGAACUGCUGGACUGCACCGACCUCGAACAAGAGAUUGAGUAUACGAUGGACAUUCUGUGCGCCAUGCAGGACAAAGUGGACUUGGGAAAAUUGAUGCUGUCGCUCUGCUACCUACCGACUGCUGGCCGGCUAACAGUGACUGUAAUUAAAGCGAGAAACUUGAAAGCUAUGGAUAUAACAGGAUCGUCAGACCCAUACGUGAAGGUGUACCUGCUGUGCCAGGACAGACGAAUCAAAAAGAAGAAGACCUCUGUGAAAAAGAACACGUUGUUUCCCGUGUACAACGAGAUCUUGGUGUUCGACGUACCGGCGGAAAACAUCGAGGACGUCAGUCUCAUAGUAAAAGUAAUCGAUUACGACAGAAUCGGUUCGAACGAAUUAAUGGGCUGCACAGCGAUUGGCGCUGAUUUCAUUGGUAUUGGACGCGAACAAUGGCUAAAAAUGCUGGAGAAUCCAAGGAAACCGGUGACGCAAUGGUAUCCACUGAUGGAAACGGUUCCUGGCCAUAUUCCAGCUGUGAGUUCGGAACCUCUUCCAGUGAGUCUGAGCUGCUUGAACAGCAGAUGAAAACAGCACGGCUGGAAUAAGUAUCGCGGGAAGUCGCAGUUCUUGUCGGACGUCGGCUUGGGCGUUGUUUCCUUCUGUCGUCAUUUAAUGCACACCGCUUGACUGACUUAAGUACAAUUCCUAUCUUAAAAAAGAAGGGCUCGAGAAAGAAACACGAAAGAAACAAAACAAACCAAACCAAAAAUAAAAAAAAGCAAAAAUGUAAAAAAAAUCAGAAAAAAGACAUAACACACUCUGUGCUUUUUGGAAUAUAAUCAAGCGUGGCGAGCGUGAAAUAGUAAACAAACAGUAGAUCGUAGUAGAAUGUUUGUAAAAGCGUAAUAUGAUAGCGGAGUUGAUGGAUGGCCAGGUUGCUCAAACUAUCUUUGCAAAAAAAGUAACGAAAAAAUAUACAUAUAUAUAAGUAUAAAAAAAACAAUAUUAAGAAGGAGAGAAAGAGAGCAAGAUAGAAAUAAAAGAUAGAAUAGUUUAUUUUUUGAGAACGAAUCCAGGCUGGUCCUGUAUUCAAGCGUACACACGAAUACGAAAUAUAGUUUAACAACUAUACCACAAGCAUAUAUAUUUUAUCAUCAAGAGAAAAGAGAUUCAUUGACCCAGUAGAUGGUUGAGAAUGGAGCAAAAUUUUAUGAUGAUCCAAAAUAACGGAACGCGCGAAUUGUUCGCUGUUCCAUACUUUCACAAACACCUUUUUUUUCAAUCGAACAAUACGACCAAGAUACCAGGAUAACGAUUGGGAUCCCUAUAGACACGUGAAAUUUCUACAGACAAUAUUGGAAAAUAAUUGUCUGGCGGAAUAUAAAGAAUAGUAGAAUUGUGAAUAGAGAAAAUAAGCUUUGCUAUAUACACAGCACUUCGAAAUAAUUGGUAAGAACAAAAGGAACGAAAGGUAAUACUCGUCGGCGAUUUAAAAUUUAUUUGUAUAGCAUUAUCUUUGCUUCCUUAACUGUACCUGAAUUGUAAAUCUUCUUUCAUUUGGAUAUUAGUAUCCUUUGCUGUUCAAAAAUAUUAUUACAAAUAAUUUGUAUUUUACGAAACAGAAAUAUUCUGCUAUAAGCUCCGAUUCAGUCGGAUCAUUUAUCUCUGCAUGCCUAUGUAACGAGUAUCGUAAAUAUUUAAGCUCGCUGAGAUCUACAAAUACGAUGUCAACAACGCAUAAAGUUUGUUAGUUAUACAAUGUGACACAUAUAUGGUUGCAUAUUACUUAUGUACGUGACACUAUUGCACAGCAAUUAUGCUGCACUCGUUGGCUUGCUAUACAAUAUACGAAAUAAACAACACGAUACAUACAAUAGUCGCUUCAGAUAGCGAUCUUCGUGAAAUCCACCGGAUAGGUCCUAUCGUGUAAUCAAAGCACCUCUUUCGUGCUUCCGAAGUUAACUCUUUCUGUCGAUUAAUCUAUGCAUGAUGCCACGAAGAAAUAUUCUAAGGACAAUAACCGAUUUAACCAGAUAAAUCCUGUAGACUUCGAAUAGAGCAAUAUUUCCUAAACGUAAACGUAUCCGUGAACGUUACUAAUCGUUGUUCUAUGUGAAUCGUGUGACACGAACACAACGGGAAGCAACCAAACGAAGAGCAGGAUAAUAUAGACGAAAAAACAAGAUAAAAAUAGAUGUAGCGAAAGCGACGUUUACUAAUUCACGCUCCUACGCCAAUUUCGCGCAAAUGUUCUUAUUUAACGCGAUACGUGUUUCGGUAUGAGGCUCGUCGAAGGGCACUGUUUGUGAUAACGCGCCCGGAGGUACGUGCAUUCAUAUGAAACGAACAAAUAAACACACAUACAGAAACAAGCGAGUACAGUCCUUUCAAGGAAAGUGUGUAAUGUAAUGACAAUGAUAUCAUUACGAUUAAGAGUUUGUAUCGGUGAAGGCCGUUGUAGGUAAUUUCUAUUAUGGCGCCUGUCUACCUCAGCUAUCCUUUUCUCGGAAAAGGAAGGAAGGAGAGGAUUUCUUGGGAAUCUUAUAGAUUUAGGAGAUUUAGAAGGUAAGCGUUCUUAAUGGUAAUUCAAAAAAUACAAAAUUGUGGAAAAGUCGUGAAAUCGACUAGUAUGAGAAAAAGAGAGAGAGAGAGAGAGAAAGAAAUAGAGACGUUCUAAGUUAGUAAAGAAAAGUUAAAGAAGCGUCUCGUAGAGGCAUGGAUAAUUUAUUUAGGAACAUUUAUCGAACUUUAUUGUAAUACAUGUGUAUCUACUCGGUAACGUUGCAUGCACGUGCGAAGGGCUGCGUCGUAAAUAAAUGAAUCAACGCGAACGAUGCGGAGCGUGUAUAUCACACGUAUACAAGCGACAUUAUGAUGUAUCGUAAGAAACAUGUAUAACAGGUAUAAUAACCAAGUAUAAAAUUGAAGAACACGGGGAGAGAAAAGUGAAAGAGGAGCGCGCGUAAAAUGGUACCAAUUGUCACGCGUCUAUUGAUACCUCGAUCGACCGCGAUGGCUCGUACUUUAUGUCGGUUAACGAUCGAUCAGCCAUGAAAAGUACAGAAACUGCAUUCUUGCAUGUACAUGGGCGUCUUUGGAAGACAGACGGAUGAGGAGGAUCGUCGAGAAGCGAGCAAUCAAUGUAUACGUAAAACAAAAUAAUUGCCUGCUUAAUUAUUAAGGUAUGAGAUUUCGUUUGUAAAGACACUCUGUGUUCCAUGUAGUUGAAAGUAUAUCUAACCUGUAUCGAAACAUAGAUUACUGUGCAAGAGGUACUAUAGAAUGAUAAUUUUUUGAACUAAUUGCAAAAGAAAAUGGUGAUAACAUAAGUACAGUAGAAACACGAUAAAAAUGUGCCAAGCCGCAAAAUAGUGUAGUAUCGUAGAAAGUAGCGCAGAACGUCAUAAGCUUUUAGUGGUUAAUCCUCGGAGCAUAUACACGCAUAUAUACGUAUAUUUGUAUAAUCGUUGUACUAAUACGCGUAUCCAGUCAAUUUGAUAGUUUAGCUGCCGGUGAGUUUUUCGAGAUCGUCCUUUGAGAUUCCAGCGACGCCCAUCGUUGGUUACACGGCAGACAAAAUUAACAUAACUAUUAUAUUCUUUCGUACGAAUUACAAGCAUUGUACUACAGACUGAACUUAUCCGAACAAUUUCAUACGGUGAACGUAAUUACCGCGAUGCCUGCAUCGUUUUGCAAUUGGAGUAGCCGUUCAAACGUACUGAGACUGAAGAACGUUCUUUUCUAUGUAUAUGCAAGGAAUAGAUACAUGGUAGAAUAGAUCUGUAAUACCAUAAUACUGUAGCUAAGGUCAGCAGUAUUCACUAGUGAAGGUUACUGAGGGAUAAGUGUUACUAGAUAAGUGCUACUAGCAGAAAAGUAGUCACAGAAAACGUGUUCUUAUAGACAUGGGGAACUAUGAAGAGGAAUAUAAUAUUGCGAAAAAAGAGGAACCGAGCUACAGCAACAGAUACCAUUAAAAUUUACGAUCAGUGCUGUCUGAUUACAUGUAACAUCUUUCAUAUGGCUUUGCUAUACUGCAGUAUAUCCCUAAUUGCUUUGCAGUAGGAUUUCAACCUCGCCGAUAUUUUCCAAUCCCGUGCUCCCUUCCGUAUUUUCCUCUUCAAUACUUUCUUGUUCAUUUUCUACUUAUAAUUUCUUUAACAAUAGCCAACUAUAUUUCAUGUUCUCCUAUUAGUGAGUAAAAUUAGCGUCCUGGUUUCUCAAACAAGUCCAGGUAAAGGAUUGAGACAGUAUUAAUUUUAAGUCGAGUAAUAUCCUUUCAGCAACCGAUGCUGGUAGCUAUUAUUAUAACAUUGAAUACGAGAAUUAGUUAAAAGUUAACGACGCCCGAUGUAAGUGAAGUCGUCGACCUGCGUGAUACUCAUCGUCAGUGUAUGAAUUCUUUUCAAUCUGGCAUUUUUCUAUUCGUUCCUGUAUACUAUUAUUGUGCGUCAAUGUUCGAGUUAGCGGGUUACUUUUUUUGUACCGUAAUCGGAUUUUUCGAGUAACGUCGAACGAUACGAUGUCGUUUCACUUCGCAUCGUUCCAUUGGAUUUGUCAAACCGAUGAAAUAUCGAUCGUGGAUGAUCGAUAUGUGUGGGAUGCGCAUGCAUAUCAUAUCACGAGACGAACGAACGGGCUGACGAGUAUUUACAUAUUUCACUGGACAAGUGAUUUUCGAAUGGAGAGAGUAACCCGGUACCGCUGGUAACAUGUACCUAUUUUCUAACGAGUGUGUAUAAUCUAUAUUGUAUAUCCGGGCACGCCAGUGUCCUCUUGUGAUUGUGAAUGAAAUAAAUAAAUCGGUACCAUAUAGAA